UGCGCAUGCGCCGAGGCAGCAUCGCUGUCACCUGCUGGCUCCUGACUCGACCUGACGGCGGCUCCGACUGCUAAACACACACGCUUCGUGUCAAGACAGAGGACGGCGACUGGAGCACACGGGUGGAGAUUGUUCUGAACCCUGUGGUGUCGAUGUGAUGCUGGAGGCGUAGCCUGUGGUACAGCUAGCCUCUCAUGGCUGUUACCACCAUGGACCCAGAGUCAGCCAGGACGUCUCAGCCCCAGGGCUCCUUGAGUAAAGGAGGCAACUCCCUGCGGCCUGGUGGAGGUCUUGGCGCCUGGCUGGGGCCUCAUGGGAAGCACUAUGCCUGUGGCUCCAUUGCAGCCUUCACCAAUAUUGUGGUGACCUUCCCUAUCCAAAAGGUGCUAUUCCGCCAGCAGCUGCACGGUGUGCUGGCCGUUGAGGCAGUGCGGCAGCUCCAAAGGGACGGGCUGAGGAACCUUUAUCGUGGCCUGCUGCCACCACUGCUCCAGAAGAGCACUACGGUGGCCAUCAUGUUUGGCUUGUAUGAGGACUUCUCCAGGGUCUUACUGGACCGAGCCGGCAGCAGUGGAAUACCAGAGCUGGCCACACGGAGCUUUGCUGCAGCGCUGGCGGGAACUGCCGAGGCCGUCCUGACACCAUUUGAGCGCGUUCAAACACUCCUGCAGGACCAUCGGCACCACGGACGUUUCAACAACACAGCCCACACUUUCCGGACCCUUCUGACUGAGUAUGGGGUCAGAGAGUGCUACCGAGGCCUCGUGCCCGUGCUGCUCCGCAACGGCCCCAGCAAUGUGCUUUUCUUCGGGCUCCGUGGGCCCAUUAAAGAGCAGCUCCCUGAAGCUACUAGCCGGGCGGGCCACAUGGUCAAUGACUUUGUGUGCGGAGGGUUGUUGGGUGCCGGCCUCGGCAUCAUGUUUUAUCCUUUAAAUGUAGUGAAGUCACGGGCUCAGUCCCAGGUUGGUGGAGCCUUCCGGCCCUGUGGGGAGGUGCUGCUUACAGUGUGGAGAGAGAGGGGCGGCAGCCUUGCCAUGCUCUUCCGAGGGGCCCACCUCAACUACCACCGCUCACUCCUCUCCUGGGGAAUUAUCAAUGCCACCUAUGAGCUGCUGCUCAAGGUCCUAUGAGAAGGGGAAGGGAGAUGAAAUUAAUAUAAAUCUAGAAAGAUAAAGAAAGUGUUGAAAGGGAAAAACUAAGGAAAAAAUACUGUUCAUUUGAGAAGAAUCAAUGCACUUGCCUUCUAGGACUAUACACUGGGCAUUGGGUUUUCCAUGACAGAGACAGAAGAAGUUGCACUGCUGACAGGGGCCAACGAUCAGUGUGAGAACUGCCUGCCAUUCUGACUGCUUUUGUUAAAGUAUUAAAAACAACACAUGCUUAAAGCCUAUAUAAAAAAAAAAAAAAAAAAAAAACUUGUGCCAGGGUCCAAUUGAAAUGCCCUUUUUUUUUUUUUGCUCUGUGUACAAAAUUUUGGGAGCAAACUGAAAUCUCAAUUUGUCCACAGUCUGAAGCAAAGAUGACUUGACUGUAUUAACUGUUUUGUUGAAGAAUCUGUUUCACCCAGUGUACUAUUUGCAGUGGCACUUUGUUGUCCAAGAGCAUUUUGCCUGUAAAGCUCUUAUUUGGUCCUUGAAACAGUUCUAUACAUUUGUGUCCACUGAAAAACUUUUGUUCUCAAGUGAACUGUAGUAUACUGAUUGUUGGCCAUUUUAUUUAUCUUUAUACUCCAUCUCCACUUAUUCAGUCGUUGAACAUGUAACCUUACAUGUCAGUGGGAUCUGAAGGCUAAUACUUGAGGUUGUUGAAACAAGCAUCAGUAUACGUGUUUGGAAGCACUAGUGAACACAGGCAGGCUAUGUCACACAUGAUCCAUCUAUGCCAAUCAACGCAAAUAUUGAAAUGUUUUGUCAAAAGGUGUUUGUCUUGGUUUAUUUUCUGAAGUGCUAUUGGUAGUGUGUUUAUGAUUUUGAGUUUUGAAAAGUGCCCAUUGGUGUAUAUGUGAGUAACACAUACAGUUAUGCAGCACGGCCAGAUCUUGUCUCUUUUUUUUAUAGUGAAUUGGACAUUCAAAAGAGACAUAACUAUUUUCCUUUAAUUUAAUUUAGGCCUCUAGUGCAACAAAUAACACCACAGAAAGUGCUCAUGCUUUAUUUUAAGAUACAAUAAAAUAUUUUCAGCAUUUGUUCUUCAUUUGGAACUAUAAAAAGGAGUGCUACCUAUUUCCUUUUUUUUUUUUUUUUUUACUUUAGCUUGCACCAUAUUUCAUUCCUGCCAGUGUCUCUCUCUCUCUAUCUAUAUCUCUCACGCUUGCUCUCCUCCAUGCCCAUAAGCUCUGUUGACAUAAUGGGCUCAGAUUUCAAGCUUGAGUAGAUGCAGUCGCCAUGCAGCGGCUCUCUCUGGAUAUGACAGUUCAGAGAGAGAAGGCAUGCUGCUCGGACACUGAGAGCAUACUGGAGAGAGAGAGAGACGGAGAGAGAGGGUGGUGCCUUGAGUGCAGAUGAGUGUGCGAGACUGAAUGUUGAUGGUGCAGAGAGAGAGAGUAGGGAAAGGGUAAUGUUCAGUGGCAUAAAAAAAAAACAAGCUGCCAUAUAUAUAGACCACUUGGCCUAUUUCUCUCUUCGGUUCUGUUCAGCGCCUCGGUCCAAAAUAUACUUGUCUUUGAUGAGAUCUUUUUAGAAUUUUCUAGGGUUUCCUCCAUGAAAGAAGUUUGUAAAUUAAUUGGUUUUGAAAAGUAGGACAAGCGUUAAGAUAAUGCUGUUUGUAAUUACCUCUUUCCCUGAAGUGUCAAAGCACAGCAAAUCACUAUGGAAUUUUUAAUCAGUUCCUUCUACCAAAUGAAAUGUUGAAAAUGAAACAUUAAAGAUAUUGCCAGUGCAUUGUGAUGAUGUCUUUGGUGACCGACCUGUCAGUUGUCACAUACUUUACAAUGGAGUGAGGGUAGGCCUAAUUCAACAAUAAAAUAUUGACAGCU